CCCUGUUCGAUCCAUCAUAAUCACCUCCUUGAGCAUUUUCCAAACUUAACAUUAAAAAAAACACAUCUUAUACCAUUAUGUCUACCACGAGAGUACUGGUGCCACUAAACUCAAAAAGCUUCUCUAGUUCUGCAGCUCCUCGGCCAAGAUUUCGACCUGUUUUUCGUGAUCGAACUGGAAGUCCAGCAAAUUCAUCAGCAUCAUUGAGUUUUAGGCAAAACUUCGGUUGUGGUUGUGGUUGUAUAUCGUCUUCCAUCAAGAUCAAUCCAGUAACAGUUCAGAAGAAAAUUUAUAGGAAUUUUGUUGUGUACAGUAGUAUGCAGCCUGGAACACCUAUUCCUUCCGGAAAUCCUUCGGGCACUAACUGGAAAGGAUGGGUGGUGGGGAUAUUACUAUCCAUGGUUCUACCAUUUUACAGGACCAAGCUCACUUCUUUCUUGGCACUGAAAAAGGAGGUGGAAACAGUUGUGGACACUGCUGAAUUAGUACUCGAUGUGGUCGAAAAGGUGGUGGCGGAAGUGGUGGAAAUUGCUGAUGUUUUGGAGGAAAAUCUGCCCCAAGGGGCAAAGUUGAAGAAUACAAUCGAAAGAGUUGAAAGUGUAGCUAGAGAAAUUGGGAAAGAUGCUGAUCUACUGGAAGACCUGCUGCAGAAGGUAGAGAAGGCGGAGAAAGAAGUUGGAAAUAUGAUAGAACCGGUCAUUGAUCAGAUUAAUAAAGAAGCUGGCAGUCAAACUAUUGCCUUGAAGGAUUUGGGAGAAGCCCCUAAAUCAAAACUGUAAAAGAAUUGUGUGCAUGCUUCAGUUUGAGCAUAGGAGAUUCAUUUGUUGUUUCUAUAUAUGUUUUUUUGAAGCAAACAUGUAAAUAUCAGCUUUCUACACUUUUGGUUUUGGAUAUUGUAUUUGUAGCUUAGGCCAGAUAGCUUGACAUUGGUCUUCAUCCUUGACUUCCUUUCGAGUAGGAGUAUUAGUUAAUUUUAUAUUAAUAGACAUAAUUGUCUGUCUUAUUCGAUGAAAUUGAGAAUUUAUUUUAGAAAA